GUCCAUUUCGUUUGAUUGAGCCCUUAAUUGAGUUGAUAAUUUUUCUGUUGGCUACCCUGGUACUAACCCAACACAAAAAUUCUCUGUGUAUAAAGGUUAUCUAUAAAUGACAUAAAUAACAAAGUUGGAGUUUCGUAAAGAAAUAUAUUAUUGGUAAUAGACAUUAAAGUUUUAAAAAAAGAAUUUUUAUAAACCAAAUGAUUAUGUAAUCGUGUUGUGAAAGCCAUAUUAUUUUUUGCUCUUAUAAGUAGAGACCGUGGAAUAUUUAUAUUUUAACAUGGGCGAUAAAGAUUCAAAUAAAAAUAGUUUUGUAUAUUUGGAUGUGGAAUUUAAUGGAUUAAAAGCUGGACGAGUUGUGAUAGAAUUAUACAACGAAAUAGUUCCAAAAACAGCAGAAAAUUUCAGACUUUUAUGCACUGGAGAACGUGGGCAGGGUAAAAAGAAAAAACCACUUCAUUACAAAGGGGUGAGGUUUCACAAAGUUGUUCCUAUGUGCAUGGUUCAAACUGGUGAUAUAAUUAAUAAUAAUGGCAGUAGUGGAGAAAGCAUAUAUGGAGAACACUUUGAAGAUGAAAACUUUCUAGUUAAGCAUGAUAAAGAAGGUAUUGUUGGAAUGGUUAAUAGGGGACCAAAUACAAAUCAAUCUCAAUUUUAUAUCACAACUCAACCUUGUUUUCAUCUUGAUGGAACUAACGUUGGUUUCGGAAGAGUGGUUAAAGGAUUAAAUAUACUUGUUGAAAUGUCUGAUCUUCCUAGAGAAAAAGACAUACCAUUGGGGAAUCUCAUUAUUGCUAAUUGUGGAGAAUUUAAACCUGGGGAACCAUGGAACAUUAACGAAGAUGAUGGUACUGAAGAUAAAUACCCACCAUGGCCUGAUGAUUGGGAAAAAGAAGUUGACAAUAUCAAUAUAAUGGAAAUAACUGUAGAAGAUAUAAAGAAUUCUGGUAAUUAUUAUUUCAACAAAAGUGAUUUUGCUAAUGCAGAAAGAAAGUAUGUCAAGUGCUUACGAUAUAUUGACUGGUAUUUGAAUAAAAAACCAGAAGAAACUCUCAAGAAAAGUAUAAAAUUAACAUUAAUGAUGAAUCUGGCAACAGCACAAUUGAAAAGGAAAAAAUAUAAGGAAUCGGCACUUUUGUGCACUCAGAUUAUUAAAGAAGGUUCAGAUAAUGGUAAAGUAUAUUACAGACGAGCACAAGCAAUGCUGGGCCUGAAGGAAUAUGAUCGUGCUUUGAAAGACUUGAAUACGGCUUUAGGUUUCCACCCUAAUGAUAAAAAUAUAAUUCAGUUAUUGAAUCGCGUUAAAAGAGAUAAACUUAGUUAUCUUAAAAAAGAGAAAAUAUUUUUUUCAAAGUUAUUUAACUGAAUAUUUUAGGUGUUGAUCUCAUAAAAAUGUUACAAUAUGCCUCACUAGGAAUAUGUUUAAAACAACAAAUAAGUUUUUUGUUAUUACAUAUAGAGUGCAACCUCGAUAUAACAAAUAGGAAUAAGUAAAUAUUCAUUAUAUAAAGUAAUUCUUUACAAUUUGUUAUAAAGAGGUAAAAAAAAAUAGUUUUAUUCACCUCAACAUUACGUACUCAUCUUGUUAUAACUAGCAACUUCUUAUAAAUGAUAAUAAAUUUUUAUAAAAUUCUUGUAUUUUUCCCUUUAGAUAAAUAACCAAAUUAAAUGCAGUAAAAUCCGUAAAAUUAGGUAUCAAGGUAGCUUAGUCUUAAUUUUUUUUAUCUUGAUUAGAGAAAUUCAUAAAUUGUUCUGUUUAUAGGUGGUAUGAGUUAUCACAUUCAAAGCGCAAUCCAAUUUUGUGCUAGGUUUGACUACAUCGUCGCUCAAAUUUCUUUUUAUUAUAUUUAAAACAUUAUAAGAAUUUUGUUUUGUAAAGUCAUGUUCAUCAAUUUCACCCCCCUCUUCUUCACCUUCAUACACUUGAGCAUUAGUAACUGACAAAGAGAUGUGGUUAGUUAGUUAGUUAGUUCUGCACAGACCGCAAAAUAAUUAUCAAAGUAAACGAAUUCAUUGAACAUGGUCUUUUGAAAAUACAAUUCUUCUUGAACUCUUUGCUAGGUACUAUCAAGUUAGACAAGUGGAAAGUCAUCUUCUUCAUUUUCGCACGUUACGUUUAACCCACUUGUCUUGAAGAGAUUUACAAUGGUCCUUUCAGUGAAUAGAUUCCAAGCUUUGGUAAUUAUCCACGUGGUUUGUGAAACAUUAAUUGUAGUUGACGUUUGACGUUCAACAUUAUCAGGAUAUUGUCUGACAAAUGUUUUUCAUCAACAUAAUUAGUGAUGGUUCGCUUUUCUGCGACUGAUAGGUAACACUUUUUACGUUUUUGAGCCAUUGCCACUAUACAAUCUUUCACGUGACGAGCAGCACUGUUUAUAUUACUUACCUACAAACAAAACAUUGAUUGUUUUACAAAAAAAAAUGUGUUGAGACUGAAUCAUAUACUAUGAAAUUAAGGGUCAUAUUGGUUAUAUGCUUUAUAAAGGUUUUGGGUUGAUUCGUUAAUUAAAGAUACUUACACUUUUUUGAUAGUUGAAAAUUCGUUAUAAUGAGGGUGUUCGCGAAAAAUGUUUUUUAAUGUAGGGUAUAUUUUAUGUUCCACCUCAAUUUUCAUGUGCGAUCCUCUUCAAACUGCCCUAAUGAUGAUAUAAAUGCAUAUUGCCAUGAGGCAGCCCCGUGCCAUAUUGUUAAAAUCGACAUUGUUUAAAAAAUUGAAAGGAAUUAUUAUUUUUCAACCGGUUAAUUUUUAUAUAUAUAUAUAUAAAUAUAUAUAUAUAUAUAUCUAUAUAUAUAUAUUUAUAUAGAAAUUGUUUAAAUUAGCAAAAAGCAACAUCAUACUUCAGCAGAUUUAUAUUUUUUUAUUUAGAUUGUUCAUAUUUGAUGGACAUCUGUUUUAUUUCCUAAUUAUAAUUUAUUCAGUUGAAGUAAAAGUAAAAUAAUAUUAAUAUAUGUAAUAUAUUCGUUGUAAUUAUAUAUUUUGAUCUGUUUUAUGUUUAUUAUUAAGAAAACCUUAUAUAAUCCUCUUUCAAUAAAAAUACAUCACAAAGAU